GCAGUAGUACGGCAGGUCUGUUUUCAGAGCAAGCUGCGCUUUGCCCAUUUUUUCCAUGCUAGCAUCGGCGAAGGCCAAGGUGACCACUCCUACAUCACCACUUGCUUUGUUUCUCCCUACACUGUGUACACACACUCGAGAGUCAAACAACUAACAAGCGUCGCAGCCAAAUUGCCAACAAAUUCUCCUACCAAAUGGUCAGCUGGUAAUUAAGCCACACACCGUUCCUUUAUAUAUAGAUAUAUAGUUGAUGGUGCCGGGUGCCCUCAUCACGCACAUCUCAAGAUCACAGGCACGCAGCCCAUUUUCAUCUCGUUGGCUCGCUCGUCACGUACGCCACCGUCGCGUUAGCAAUGGCGCCCGUGCUGCUCCCGUGGCUGGCAUGGCUGCUAUUCCCCCUCGCCGCCGUAUACCUCCUCGGCCUCCUCGGGAACGGCCGGCGGCGCGGCCUGCCGCCGGGGCCCCGCCCGCUGCCUGUCAUCGGCAGCCUCCACCUGCUCGGCAACCAGCCGCACCGCUCCCUCGCGAGCCUCGCCAAGGCCCACGGCCCGCUCAUGUCCCUCCGCCUGGGCUCGGUCACCACGGUGGUGGCCUCCUCCCCGGCCGCCGCCCGGGAGCUCCUGCAGCAGCACGACGCCGCCUUCAGCAACAGGUCCGUGCCGGACGCCGCCGGCGACCACGCCCGGAACUCCUCCGUCUGGCUGCCCAACGCGCCGCGGUGGCGCGCGCUCCGCAAGAUCAUGGGCACCGAGCUGUUCGCGCCGCACCGGCUGGACGCGCUCCAGCACCUCCGUCGCGACAAGGUGCGGGAGCUCGUGGACCACGUCGGCCGGCUGGCGCGGCGCGGGGAGGCCGUCAACGUCGGCCGCGUGGCGUUCACGACGAGCCUGAACCUCGUCUCCCGCACCAUCUUCUCGCGCGACCUGACGAGCCUGGACGACGACGGCCGUUCCGGGGAGUUCCAGGAGGUGGUGACGGACAUCAUGGAGGCCGUGGGGAGCCCCAACGCCUCGGACUUCUUCCCGGCGCUCGCGGCGGCCGACCUGCAGGGCUGGCGGCGGCGGCUGGCGCGGCUGUUCGCGCGGCUGCACCGUACCUUCGACGAGGAGAUCGACGCGAGGCUGCGCGGCCGCGAGGCCGGCGAGCCCAAGAAGAACGACUUCCUCGACCUGCUGCUCGACGCCGCGGAGGACGGCGACAACACGGCGAGGCUGGAUCGCGACACGCUACGGUCGCUGUUCACGGAUCUAUUUGCUGCUGGGAGUGACACAAGCUCUAGCACAGUGGAAUGGGCAAUGACGGAGUUGCUUCAAAGCCCAGCUUCGAUGGCCAAAGCCUGCGACGAACUUGCAACAGUUAUUGGCUCAAGAGGAAGCAUCGAAGAAUCUGAUAUUGGCCGGCUGCCCUAUCUUCAAGCUGUGGUGAAGGAAACUUUCAGGCUACAUCCUCCUGCUCCGCUGUUGCUACCACGGCACACACAGGCUGAUACAAAGAUAAUGGGGUACACAAUUCCUCAGGGCUCUCGUGUGUUCGUAAACGUAUGGGCAAUGGGCAGAGACAAGGAGACAUGGCCUGAACCUGAGAAGUUCAUGCCCGACAGGUUUCUGGGAAGGACGGUUGAUCUCAGAGGUGGGGACUUCGAUCUCAUCCCGUUCGGCGGUGGCCGUCGGAUCUGCCCGGGAAUGCCGCUGGCAAUCAGGAUGGUGCAUCUGGUUCUUGCGUCGCUGUUGAAUCAGUUCACAUGGAGGCUUCCAGACGAGGUUGAAAGAAGUGGGGUUGACAUGGCUGAAAAGUUUGGCCUGACAUUGACCAAGGCUGUGCCUCUUUAUGCUAUUGCCACACCACUUUGAUUCAGCAAGUCACCCUAUUGUAAACAACUAGUAUAUUGCCCGUGCUAAUGCCACGGGGAUACAAACUUUGUAAUGAAAAUCAAACAAGCUGAAAAAAUAUAUAAUUUCUUAUUAUCGAACAAGCUGAAAAUUAUAUAAUUUUGUAUUCAAGCAGAGAAUGCGAUA